GUGUGGGAGCGUGGUCCUUCUGGUCCUGACCUUCCUCCUCUCCCUCUCUGUUCCUCUACUUCUGGAGCCAGGCUCACAACGAUUACAAUGAUUUUGAUUGGUUUAACUUUGAGACUCUGGAUUCUGGUUCCCCUGGUCUCUGGUGCUGCUGGUUGUUGCUGCUGCUCUGUUCACCUACAUCUGUCUGCUGCUGGUACUGGCGGUGUGUUUACUGUCUGAGGGACAGAGGCUGUACCUUCACUGGAGUCACAAGAUGGGGAUUGUGGUGACCCUGGCAUUCGCUGUCAGUGCCACGGCUGUUCUGUCUGAGGUGUGGAGUAAAGAGUGGAAGACCCUCCUCCUCUCCCUGCAGGUCACAGCCCCCUUUCUUCAUGUAGGCGGGGUUUUAUUUAUGACUCUCCUGUCCUGGCCAAUAGCGCUGCACUUUUUUCGCAUGAACAAGAGAGUGCAUCAGGUGUGUCUGUUGGGUGUGUACCUGAGUGUAUUGUUCAGUCUGUACCUGGUUCCUCUGGCCAUGUAUUCUCCCUGCAUCAGAGAAGCUGGAACCCUGGGACCCAAACCAACACUCCUCGGACACAGAGGAGCUCCCAUGCUUGCUCCAGAGAACACUCUAAUGUCCUUUGAGAGUGCAGUGGAGGCUGGAGUGGACGGGCUGGAGACUGACGUCACUAUAAGUGCUGAUGGCGUUCCGUUUGUGAUGCAUGACCUCACCCUGCAGAGGACCACUAACGUCGAGGAGGUGUUUCCUAACAGAACACACACACCUGCUGCCCUGUUCACCUGGUCUGAUGUACAGCUGCUCAACGCUGGGGCCUGGUUCCUCUCUUGGGAUCCUUCUGGACGUACGAAUCGGACGGGCAGGAUAGUUGUUGUUGACCUGAGACAGCCUCCUCCUGGACACCCUUAUAGAGACAACUACCUCAACAUCACCCUCGACCUCAUACACACACACAUCAACUCCAGCCAGGUGCUGUGGCUGCCAUCAGAUCAGAGAGAGGAGAUACAGCAGGUGGAUCCAGAGCUGCAACAGACAGCAGGACAGACUGCCUCUAUUCAGGAACUACAGGACAACCACAUCACUUCCCUCAACCUGCACUACAGCACCAUGUCUCUACAACACAUCAGUAAGUACAGGUCGGUGAACAUCAGUGUGAACCUGUAUGUAGUGAACCAGCCGUGGCUCUACUCUCUGGCCUGGUGCAGUGGAGCAUCCUCUGUUACCACCAACAACAUGCUGCUGAGAGAUAUACACACACCGCUGCUCCUUGUGACUCUAGAGCAGUACAGCGUGAUGUGGGUUUUGACUGACCUGGUCUCUGCUGCUCUUAUCGUCUGCAUCUUCAUAUUCCACUGGUGGCGUGAGCGAGGCUUACACUUCUGGUCAGGCAGUCGGCAGACACACAAGACCGGGCCUUAUAGCAAGUUCCGGACCGAUCCAGUGGAGUCAGGGAGGGGUCAAUGGAAUCCCUUCCACUCAGAGUCUCCCACUAGAACCCUCAUCUCCCUCCCUCUGGACCUUAACCCAUGAACCACUCAACUCGUGAACCCUGCAUGAACCAAUGAACCUCCCAUGAACCCUCUGGUUCUCAACCCUUGAAACCUGCAUGAACCACUGAACCUCCCAUGAACCAUUCCCAAACCCCAAACCAUUGGACCUCAACCCACACAUGAACCCUGCACCAACCGCUGACCUGAACCUCAACUACCACACCCCACACCCCUGACCUCUAACCCCUAUCCUUUGCCCAGCAGAGCUCAGCGACGUCUGGUCCAUCUCCAGUGGGAAUGUCCGAACGGAACUACGGACCCCCAGUACCCUCCACACCAUCACAGAGGAGUAACAC